AUGGAUGAUGAUUCUAAAGAAACCAACGAACAUCAGCAGCAGCAGCAGCUACAACCACCGCAAUGGACGCUAACGGGCUCCUACAACCGCAACGCCGCCGCGUUAAUGGGUCCCACGUCCACUUCUCAGGCGAUGAUGCCCCACUGGUUAUCUGUCGGGGCUCUCUCGUUGCUUCAGCCUCAACAACCGCUCGGGCUCCACGGAUCACCUUCCUCUGUUCCGACGCAACAGCCGUAUAUGCAAUUCGGGAACGAGCAAGGACGACCAAAGAGGAAGUAUGCUCCUGAUGGCAUUGAUCUUUCUCUGCGUCUUUCUCUUCCGUCAGCUUCUGAUGGUGGUGGUGCAAGUGCUAGCAGAGGUCGUCCUCCUGGCCCCGUCAAGAAGCAGCUCAACGCUUUAGGAGGAGCAGGAACACCGUUUAUACCUGUAAUCAUUAAGGUCGAAGCUGGAGAGGACAUAGCUGCAAAGAUAGUGGGGUAUACGCAUCAAGGACCAGGCAGGGUCGUUAUUCUCUCAGCUUCAGGAGCUGUAUCUAGUGCGGUGCUUAGCAAUCCUAGUGGAGUUGUUAAGUAUGAGGGACUAUAUGAAAUCGUUGCUAUGUCAGGUUCUUUCUUGAUUACAGAGAGUAAUGGUACUUUGACCAGCACUGGUAACUUGAGCGUGACUCUGGCUAACCACAAUGGCAAUAUUGUUGGGGGUCUUGUCGCUGGAAUGCUAGUUGCUGGGUCACAAUUCCAGGUCGUUGUUGGAAUCUUUGUACCAGAGAUAGUGAAUUUGAGCGCAGGGCGUGUUGACAAUAACCAUGAGUCAGCUUCUGCUUCAGCAACAGCCUGUGGUGUUGGACCAGAUAGCCUCUGGCCUGGCAGCAACCCUCAAUAA